CUUGUGACGACGUCUCUCUCUCUCUCAAUCCAAAUUUGGGAGCGAGGGGCCGCAGCUGCCCACAGAUCUUCGAACCCAUCUGCUUCCCCUCCAUUGUGAGCCAAUCCCUUUGGUACCUCCCCUCCUAAUUCCACUGGAGAGCUGUUUGAGUGCUCCAUGGCUCUGCUUCGAUCGUGUAAGCUGAAUAAGUGAUGGAUAUGCUGUAGACAAGCCAUGUAUCUCCAAAAGUUGAUCGUGCUGUUGAAAGUGAAAUUUACUAUUCUAAGAACUGUCAAAUGCCACCUCUGGGAUGGGUGUUGCUGACCAUUGCAAGGACACAUUCUUAGAGCUUCAGAGGAAGAAGACACAUCGGUACGUGAUUUUCAAAAUUGAUGAAAAGCGAAAGGAGGUGGUUGUAGAUAAGACUGGAGGUGCGACUGAGAGCUAUGAUGAUUUCAUGGCUUCUCUACCAGAAAAUGAUUGCCGAUAUGCCAUCUACGAUUUUGACUUUGUUACUGAUGAGAACUGUCAGAAAAGCAAGAUUUUCUUUAUUGCCUGGUCCCCAUCUGUUUCUCGAAUCCGAGCUAAGAUGCUGUAUGCGACCUCCAAGGAUCGAUUUAGGCGAGAGAUGGAUGGAGUUCACUAUGAGAUUCAGGCAACUGAUCCCUCGGAAUUGGACCUUGAGGUUCUUAGAGACCGGGCACAUUAAAUCUCCCGAGUUCAUACGCAUGCGUGAUGGAUAUAUUCGGUCAUGACCCCGGGAAAAUAGUGGUGAAGGGAUCAUCAGGUUCCUACGAACCAUAUGCAACUUUAUCAUGCUGGUUGAAUAUAAUAAUGUUGAUGGAAAAUCAAUAUCUAAAAAUUAUGGACAGAGCUUGUAAUUGCAUGAUUAAUAUUUGUUGCGGGUGACUGCAUCUUCUGUAUUAUCUCAGGUUUAUAUCUCUCAUCUUGAAAGACCUUGUCAAGAAGCCACCUGUUCACCUUCAUUUACCCUAUCAAACCAUGGUGCCCCAAAACCAUCCAUUUAAUUGCCCUUGAUGAAGCUUGACUGGGAAACUCUACAAGGAUCCAUGAUCCAACAUUUUAAAGUAUUGGAGUGAUUAUGCACUCCUGUUAUAGUUU